CCACACAGUCCUGUGUACAGUUAACUUUGUCAGAAAAAUAAGGGUAAUUAGAGCUCAUCGUGCAGCUAUUAAGGAAUCUCUGGUAUGCAAGACUAUAAAGCCAAUCACUGUCUGAGACUUAGGAUGCAACUUUGCAGAGUUGUGCUAGAGAAUCAAUACACAUGGUUCAGAUGUUUCAAUUACCUCGGCAGAUGAAGGAAAAGUCAGCAGUAUCACCGGGUGUACGGUCUUGCUUUUCCUAAUGGGAAUAAGAUAAAUGUCAGUUCACUCAUUUUUUCAACUGAUAAAAUGUCAUCCAAAAAUGUGCCAUCAGUUGGAAGUCAGUCUCAAAAUGAACAAAAAAAAUCUUCUGAAAUGGGGAAAAAGUCACAAUGUGACAUGUGUAAACUUUCCUACUCCUCUGAAAAAGAACUGUUGGAACACAACUUAUCCCUUAUGCACCACACAAAGAUGGAAGAUCGAGAGAUGGAUCCUGUGCACAGCUGCAGCCUAUGUAAUGUAACCUGCCAUGAUAUGGCACAAUAUAGAGCUCACAUUGGAACCACCAGGCACCAGAGGAAUCUCUCCAUCUUACGAGGAGAAGCUAGUGAUGAGGAAAUGAUUGAAAGAGGUGAGAGCUCUCUGCUUGGACCCUACGGAACUGGAUCAGACAGCAACUUUGGGAACAACAAGGGAUUCUUUAAUGGCACAACAAAAAAACCACCUAACUUUAGGUUUGGCACACCCUCUUAUCAGUUUGAUGCACCUAACUUUCGUAAUCAAAAUUGGAAUACACAACCGGAAACAAGAUUCAAUGGGCAAGUCUCUAGCACAUAUCAAAAAACUAGAAUGGCAAGGGAGAGGAGGCCCUACAAUGACAACGUGUGGCGCAGUGAUACUUUUUCCCUUCCCAGUGACAGGAUCAGGUUUGGUGACAAGCAGCAGGACUCAGAAAAAUCAUAUGAUCAGCCUAGAUUUGAGCCGUGGGGUUCAGGAGCAUACGGUGCAAACUACUGGGGAAAUGGAGAUAAUUUAGCAUACGCUAACAGAAAUAUUAGAGGCAAAGCAAAACAAAAUCCUGGAAGAUAUUCCUCUAAAUAUAAUCAAAACUUUUCUUAUUCUGACAUGGACUUCACAUGUGACGCCAAUGUUCCUGAUUGGGAUGAGCAUUCUUUUAUCCAACAGGAGAAGUUUUUGGCUGGAAUGGAGGACUCGCAUCCAGUCAACAGGUGGGGGGGACCCAGUUCUUCAAAUGAGCUGGUAGACACUUAUCAAGUUAACAGAAGUAGACCCAGUUCUUCAACUCAACUGGAGGACACUUAUCAAGUUAACAGAAGUAGACCCAGUUCUUCUACUGAACUGGACGACAAUUAUCAUUUUAGGAGAUGGGGACCUGGUUCUUCAACUGAAACAGAGGAUACUUAUCGAGUGGACAGACAGGGAUCCACUUCUUCAAAACAGAAUUUUCAUAAAGCUGGUAGUGGAAAUAGAAGUAAUUCUGUUGAUUCCACUGAGAGAGAUAGAAAAAGACCUCGGAAAGCGUUUGAAUUUCGAGAAAUCUCCACCAAAUCGCCUAGGUCUGAGGAUCAUUCACAACAGAAUAGUACUCCAGUAAAAGAGAAGUCAAAGUUAACACCGACUACAAAAAGUAACAUGCAUGAGACAGAUGGUAACCUUUUCCGUCUGCCUCUGCAGCCACCCCCUGAAAAGUCUAACCGUGGGAAUUCUAUCGAUGAUACAAGCGACAACAUACUCGAACGAGCUGAGCGCCUCUGUAAACAGUUGAGAGAGAAAAGGGAAGCUUCAGGUACACAGCACAAAUCUUUGCUGAAAAAUCAAAACAAGGAAUUGUUGAACCAGAAGAUAAAUGCAAUUAGUCAGAAAAAGAAAACAUACUUGAAAGGUCACAUCACUGAAUCAAAGGAGAUCUCAGUAGAGGAGAACUAUGAUUCAGGUAUCAGUUUGAAUUCUGGUCGAAAUAAAAAGAAGGAUGCUGCCAAUUAUGGGAUAAGGAAAUCUCCUUUUUUGUCGUUAAAGAAGUCAGCCGAGUCAAAACUGGACGAGAUACGGAAAAAUAUAGAAAAAAAUGUGUUGUUGGAUACAGAAGAGCUAUUGGGUUCAAAGAAAAAAGUUGUCUCCCCUUCCACAACAAGUCAACAUAGCCGGUUGCUGGGUGAAGAUGUAGUGGAAAGUCUGAGAGCUGAGAAUGCCAAUAAAUCAACAACUAAACCCCCAGUUAGAGCACUGUCAAAAGACAGUCUGCAGAAAAUGGUCAACGCCCCAAGGUCAAGGGAUGAGAGGCUGAAGCUGGCAAAGAUGCUGCACUCUAGAGAGGAACACAAGGACCCGCCCAGCAAAAGGACCAACCUACAGCUGGAAGGUCUCUAUGACCACACCUCCUCCAACAUGAGUGAUGUCAGCCUGGAGCUGGGCAACAAAUGUGACACUCCCACCAUCAAGCUGGAGGACUUGUCUGAAGGCGUCCGCCAGCAGAUCCUGGCGCUGAUUGGUGGGGAUAUCAUGGGCAACUUGAGCAGUAAUUCUUCUGAAACUCCCAGGAAAGAACUUUCAAAGAAAUCUGCAGUUGGUACGAAGCUUAAAGAAAAAAAGAAGAAAAAAUUAGCGAAAACCUCCCAGGAAAAAUUAACCAGCGCAGAAACCCUUGUAAAUAAAAAUCAGAUGUCUAAGAAGAAAAAAGCAGAGGCGAAUUCAAAAGCAUACAGGAGAGCUUACGAUACAUCUAGUUAUAAAAGCUUGAAGACGCAACCUGAAUUGGAUAAUACUGCGACACCUGCAGUAACAUCAAGUAAGAUUCUUCCCCCCCAACAACAGAAAUCAGCAGUGACAUCAAGUGACCACCAUCGCCCACACCAGCAUGUCAUUACUGUAGAUCCUGACUCAGGAAGUGAUCUGGAAAUUGUCUCCGGCACCUCAGAUCUGGAACCUGCGCAGACAAAAGUCUCCUCCCCAUCAAACCAGCCUAGAAGCACCCCUCCCAAACAAUUAGCAGGGGGUGAUGAUAUCUUGAGCCCACCCGGUGGGAACAGUCCAAGGAAGUCACCGUCCCCUGUGUCUCAGACGCAACUGAACAGUUUCAAUGUAAUGCACAGGUUCCCCACCAUCAUGGGGGCUAAGCAUGCAGAUAACAUUCCACAGCCGUCCACUGUUGAACCUGACCCCGUGGGUCAAAGGUCAACGGUAUUUUCCUCACCAGAAACCGCCCGGAUUCCAGAAACCAGUAUUUCAGACCCUGCUGGCACAACACAUGCAGAAACCCUUGCCUCCCUUCGUCUGUCCCUACCCCCUAGCAGGUGGCUGGCCGAUGAAGUCAACCGGAGAAGCACUGCUGGUGAUUCUUCGUUGGACCAGGCGACCUCUUCACCUCCCAAUAAAUUCACAUCAACUCUUGAUGUGCAUGAUGUGGAGAUUACCUCAGACAAGGAGGAGAAAAGCCAGGAGGAUUUUCUUGCUAAAAGUCAACCUCUCUGUCAGGACAACUUUGGGUCUACAGUAGAACCUUCAAAAGCCAGAGCAGCUCAAGAGACCAAUGUGUCAGAGGCCCCAAGACAAGAUUUGUCAGAGUUGCUGACCUUGUCUGAGAGGGAGGGGGACAUCAAGCAGGAGAUGAUGAGCAUGGAGCUGAGGCUGACUAGACUGCAUCGUCUGCUGGAGCAGGCUGUAGUGCAGAUCAACAAGUGCACAGAGAGAAGGAAUCAGCUCUUGGAGGAAGAACAAGAACUGUCUAACCGGAGAAUCUCAUUGUUGAGAGAUGCAGCUAAACAACAUGGCAGAUCUGACAAGCCAGACACAACCAGUUCCUCAGGGUUGUCAUCUAAUGGGGCACCACCUGCCCUGUUAACCACUGCCAAAACACCUGCGUCAGAGGCACCUGACAUCUCACCUAACACAUCACUGUCGCGAGCUGAUUGGCUGGCCAAGUUCUCCUCCUAUCUCCCCCCUGAGCCGCAGUUGAAAAACACCAACACGCCUGGGGUUAGAAUCUUUUCUCUCCCUGCUACCAAAACCAGCCAAGAUAACACCAGGCGUGUGAUAGUGAUAGAAAGUGAUGCCCCCAAGUCGCCCGGUAAAUCCACUGUAAAGAAGCGCAGUGUGUCAGAGGGUACCCCUGAGACCACGCCCACCAGCGAUAUGCAAAUGGCCGCAAUACGGAGUAAAAUACGCAUCGGGUCUUUUGAAAGUGAUUCCCCCACAGCCCCCACCCCAGUGAUAGCCAGCAGCCUGUUCUCUGCCCCGAUCAUGUACCUAGGCAGCUUCAGGAGCUCUCACACACCAAUGAACCUCAAAGCCCCUGUGAUCAUGUUGAAUGGCAACAAUCCUCCAUCUUUAUUUAACAACCCACACCCUCAUUUUGAGCUGUCUAGUGAUAGUGGAGCUGAGUCAUCACAGGCCGCCACAUAUGAAGAUACCUUGGCACAGUCCAGAUCCUCAAAACCUCCCAUCUCAGCAAGCAGCCUACCUCACGCCACUGAAGAUUCUGACAUCGGCAGUGUGGCCAGCAGCAUUGCUAGUGGCAGCUCCUUAGGGGAGAAGAUCACUCGCUACUGCAGGACAACACCGUUUGCCUCCCUUGACACAGGCGCCCACGAGCUUUCAACCAUCAUGUCAGACAGCAAUGAGAUGAGAAGUUUUGAGGCCUACAGGCAGACAGAGAUUGCUGCUGAAAAGGACUGGGACGGCCUCAUAAAGCCAUGCUCAGUUUCACUAGAGAGAAUUGAUAAGUUACUGGGGAAAGACACAGGAAUCUAUGGCAAACUGGACAAGCAAGCUGUAGUCUCUGCUGAAGCUCUGCAUGUGUUGGAGAGGAACUGCAGCACCGACCUCGGCCUCAGGGGGAAGAAGAAGAAAAGGAAGACCAGACAAGAGAGGGAGACAAGUGGGUUGAGGCAUCAACGCAGGCACUGGCUCAACCCUGCCUCCUCCUCUUCUUCAGAUGAGGGGGAGGCAGAGGUCCAUGCCAGGCAGGACAUGGAUGAAGCCAUGAUAGUGUUGAGUGAUGAGGGGGGUGAGCAGGUCAAGAAUGCCAUGAGUGAGCCGGUCAAGCUGAAGGUGCCAGACAGUGUCAAGGAUGAGAGACUGACACCUGAGAAGAGUGCCUUAAAGGCUGAGGUGAUGUCUCCCAGCAAGCAGUACGAUGUUGUCAUUGCCGAGUGUGACUCAUCUACCCAUCAGGGAUUGGUGGAUACUGAAGGCAUAGCACAAAGAUUAAAAGUCCUAAAAGAAAUCAAAGAAAGCUUUGACAGAAUUAGAACUUACGACAGAACUGUUGGGUACCCUGGGUCUGAUGUUAAAACAGCACCCAGCCUUCCAGACAAGUCUGUGGUCAAAUCACCAAACACAGUUGUCCCAGAACUGGUUGAAAGUUCUGAAACGGAGGAGCACCAUGAAGGGAGAAGGUUGCCUUCUGGGAUCAAACCUGGGUCCAGCUCUGAGCCAACCACACAGGUCAACAGAGAAGAAAUACCCGAGCGAGACACAGCUGCCACACCAGGUGGUAAACCAUUGGAAGCAGGUGCCGCCACAAAGACCAGCUGUUUCCAGUCUGGCCGUGGGCCUGUUGUUGAGCUGCAGGUGCUGCAUGACCUGCUGUAUGUGGCCUUCUGUAACAGUGGCAUCUCUGUGUAUCAGCUGAGUGGACCUAACAAGGAACCAGUUGCCAAGUUCCCUGCCCAGUUUCUGCAGUGCAUGUCUGUCUAUGAGCUGCAAGACAAAGUAAUCAUUGCAUCAGGGACAGGGGUAUAUCUUGCCUUCUGUGACCCGAAAAAGCUUUUUAACAGUUUGGACAAUGUGACAAGAAUUGACCUGGGCACAAUGGUCAAGUGUCUUUUGAUGGUGACACCAUUGAUGUAUGCAGGCCUAGAGACUGGGGAGAUUUGUAUAGUAGACUCCAAGACCAUGGAAAAGAAGGAAAGGUUUAUCUGCUCUGACCGUCCAGUCCACUGUCUGGCCCUGGCCCAGGAAGGCUCCUCCAAAAUUAUUUGUGUCUCCUCACAAGAUGGCACAAUCCUUGUCAUCAACGCUAACACUUAUCUGCCCUUAAGGAUUCUCACUGGGCAUAUGAAGACAGCAUUUACAUUACAGGUUGAAGGUCAUCUUGUGUUUAGUGGUUCUGGAGACAGCACAGUUUUUAUCCACAAUCUACACACAGGUACAAUAGAACAUGUGUUCAGGGAUAACAAAGGUCUUGUGAAAAGUGUUUUCUACAGCCAGGGGUAUCUGUACACAGGUGGGAUGGACAAGUUGGUCAGGUGCUACAAUACUAAGACUAGAGAAUUAGUUCGAGUGUAUUAUGGAGCAGAGAGAGGGAUCAUCACAAAGAUUCUGGUUCAUGACAAAAAGCUCAUCACAGGAAACAUCUCAGGAGAUGUGGAUAAAGUCGACCUAGACUUUGAAGCUGAAUACUUGUGUCGUAAACAAGGCUGCAAACUGAACUUUGGCAAUCGCUCUCACCUCUUCUGGCACAUUCUGAAUGACCACAACAUAACAGAUCUGACCAAAGAACGUCCACCUACACAGGGUCAAAGCUGAGGUUACUCUAGCUAGUUUUAAAAAAUUUAAAGGUAGAAAUUUGCUUGUAAGACCAGUGUUUCACUUGAACUAAUUAUAAAAACAUUUUGUGUUCAUUUUACCAACUGCUGUCCCAGAUUUUAUUAUUGUUCUUAAAGUUGUUUUUAUUUUAAAAAGUAAGUUGUAUGUUGGUAAAAAAUCAACAAAACAAUGUUCCAUCCUGCCCAGGUUUCUGUAUACUUUAGUGUUACCACAGGUUUCUGUAGUAGAUUAACUGGUCUCCACCUGUAUUUCAAAUAUGUUAUUGUGUUGGAGACAUAUUACUGAUUUUACGACGUAUGGUGUAUUUUAUAUUUUACUUCCGUGUCAAAGCGUUUGACAAAUUUUAUAUCAGACUAGAAUACCCGUCAUCCGUUGGAUAACUGUGGGCUUCGGGGGUCAUCCAUCAAAAAACAUCACGUCUGUCACUCAAGAGGCAUAGCGACCCUUCCCGGCGCCCGGGGACAAACUUUUCGAUUUGAA